GAACGCCGAGGACGCGAUUCACAAGAACUAACGAAGUUUCUCAGUGUUGUUGCUGGGCUGAUUGAUGUGUUAGAUUGCUAAGAGUCACCGAAAUGGAAAAACGUAUCGAACUCGAGAGACGUGGGAGAAGCCCUUCUAAAAUUGAAGAGCUCAACUUGGACAACUGCAAGAGUGCAUCAGUGAUUGGUCUCUCAGAAGAAUGGUCAAGCCUGCAGAGUCUCAGUCUCAUCAAUGUUGGUCUCACAUCUCUCAAAUCAUUUCCAGCCCUGGAUUCACUGAAGAAGCUGGAGCUCUCUGACAAUUGGAUCAGUGGAGGCUUAGAAGCUCUCACAUGCCUUCCCAAACUCAAGUACCUCAACCUCUCUGGCAAUAAAAUUACCAACAUUGACACCCUCAAACCCCUAAAAAGCAUCAGCUCUCUGGUUACACUAGACCUCUUCAACUGCGAUGUCGUCAAUGUAGAGGACUACAGAAAUAAAGUUUUUGACCUGAUCCCCUCACUCGUAUACCUCGAUGGCUUUGACAGAGAGGGAAAUGAAUUAGAUGAUGAAGAUGACGAAGAUGACACAGCAGCGAAUGUACGAGAAGAUGGCGACGAAGAAGGAGAAGAGCUUGAUGAAGAAGAGGACGUUGAUGACGAGGAUGAAGAAGAUGAUGAUGAAGAGGAUGAGGAGGGAGACGAUGAUGAAGAGUUCGUGCCUCUCGAUGCCAUCUACAAGAAUUAUGACCCAGAGGGUGAUAGGGACUAUGAAGCUGUUGAGGACGGCGAGGACGAAGACGUUCUGGAUGAAGAAGAAGAUGAUGAUAAUCCUGCAGACGCAACCACCAACAGCAACGACCUUGAAGGUGGGGGAGGUCGAGGCAAGAAACGCAAGCAUGAAGGGGAGGAAGACCAAUAACCUCCCCAGCGCAUUCCCCCUCCUCGCUGGAACCCAUUUCCCUAUCCCAUCUUAUUUUAUUUUGUUUAAAAACAUAGUAGCAACAUCAUGGCGCUGCACUGUUUCUUAAACAGACGUCGCAAGCAGAAUCUUUUCAUUAUUUGUUAAAUGGAAAAUCCAUCGUUUUUUAAUAACGAUGCAACCACCGAUGAAGAACAAGAAUAAUGCAUAGAUUUAUUUGCUUGCUGGUUCUGUAGCCCCUGUUGAAAUUAGGAACUUGUCUGGGUAGAUCUUUGCCAUGUGUUAAAUGACUGCUCUCAUUUUUCUGUGUGUAAAUGUCUAUUUUACCAACGCCCUUCAUGUGAGAGAAAAGCAGCACUGGAAUAAAUAUUAUUGAAGGCGAUAUUAGUGGUUAUGGCGAUGCAAAUGUUGCAUGGUCAUUGAUAUUUAUUGCGAGCCGGAUAGGAUUUUUCUCUAUAUUCAAGCAGCAGAGCUGAAAUAUCUCUAGCCUUUAAGUUAGCGACUUCAGUAGAUGUCUUUGUUGAGUUAGAGUUGGCACAUGAAGAUUCAUUUUAUGCCUGACUGAGCAUUGAAUUACUGAAUAACAUUGAAUAAAUGAACUCCCAUUCUUCGCGUAAUGUUUUUCAUCUUUCUUUGUUUUCUUUGUAUGCUGGCGUUUAUGUGCUUGUCAGCAUAACUUAUCAUCAUUCUUUAUAAUGGAAUUCUUCUGCCGUGAAGUCUAUAAAUCUCAGGCUUUCAUAUUUUGUUAUUUUAUUAUUUUUGUAUGUUUUAAUGCGUAAAAUCCCAAUUCCCGAAACUCUGUGGGCAAUUUUAGUUUCAUUAUUUUGUAUCUCGGCGAACUAGAGAACUAAAACCUGACCACAACACUACCACUUACCGCCCCAAUCAGAUCUACUUUAACUACUUAGACUCGACUAUAGUAACUACUAUUCCUCGAGAACGCUUUUAACUUCCAGUCAUAAUGCAUGCUUCAUAUUAAAUUAAAGACGAUACGUUUGUUCAUUUUCUAAGCUUUGCAGUAUUUUUACGUGUUUCAAAUAAUUUUUAUGUGUCUGAUCUCACUCAUUCCGCCAGUGUCUUGUGGCAUCGCUAUCUAAACAAUUCGAAUUUCGUUAGAUUUAAAGUAGGUCUCCGUGUACCCAGAUUCUGGUUAUAGGGGAAACUGCAUUAAAUUUUAUGGAAGUCAUAAGCUUUCAUGAUUUGGGCUUUGAUCAAGCUCGGCAUCAUGCUAACAGGUUCAACAUAACGUAACGAAAACUGGAAUAAUUCUAGUAAGACAUUAAUAAUGAAAAUCGGUAACUUCUGAUGAAUAUUACACGAGUUCAGUGGUUGACAGAAUUUUGUUUAUUUUUUAUUUUUUUUUAUUUUUCAUUGUUUUUGCUGUGCAUCAAGUCCCGAAAAUUCUCGACAUGAAGAGACUUACUGGUCUUUCUACUUGUCCAGUAUCGCCGUGUAUGAUUAGUAUUUUUACUUACAGCUUUUCUUUUAGUUUAAGUUUACUUUUAAUAUAUUAGUUAUUCUAUGUCAUUGCCAUUGAUAGUGUUCGUUCCGUUUAUAAUUCAAGAUUUUCAUUUUCCAUUAUCACGUUUUUGCUGGUUUCAUUAGAGUUUCUCCAAGUUCUUUUCCUUAACUGGCAUUUUCUAACUAAUUUUCCUCAUCGAAUGCAUUCACGUAUUAUUGAGUAUUCAUGCAUUUAUAUAUGCCCCCACGAAUGAUGUUUCUUCAUGAAUAACUUGUUCUAUUAUAUUGAAAAUAGAUGCGUUGAAACUACAUGGAGGUUUAAGGCGUGUGUUGUCUUUGUUUUUAUGUGCUAUCUUGCAAAUUUCAUUUAAAGACAAACUUUUUUUCUUUGUAAAUCGUUAUUUACAUCCCAAAGCUUUGAGGAAUUUAGAACUAAGAGUUUCGUCAUCCGAAGCGUUCGGGUAUUGUCAACUGAACUCAAAUUCCUAAUCGCAUCCUGAGGGAAUUGGGGCCAAUUUCCAGUGGCAUCCUGUGAGGAUUGGGCCCAUUUCCAGUGGCAUCGUGUGAGAAUUGGGCCAAUUUCCAGUGGCAUCCUGUGAGGAUUGGGCCCAUUUCUAAUCGCAUCCUGAGCGAAUUGGGGCCAUUUCCAGUGGCAUCCUGUGAGGAUUGGGCCCAUUUCCAGUGGCAUCCUGUGUGGAUUGGGCCCAUUUCCAAUCUUUUUCAGUGAGACUCUAAACUAAGCUGUUGCCCAUUCACAUUUUGGUUUCGUAAAUGAAGAUGAAUAAAUUUGUAUGACAUUCACUAGACGUAUUUUUUUGCGAGAGUACUUAUGUUCUCUCUGUAUAAGCCACGACAUUUGUUACGUUACUUGGAUGAAAUUUUUCAGACAAAGACCGACACAAUUGGCUUGGCGAUGACACCAUUGUCGAUAAAAACGCACUGGUUCCCAACCUAGACGUAACGCUUCUAGUUCCACGAAAUAUUUUCUAAAUUUAAUUGUAAAAUAUUGUUCUAAAUCUAUUUAAUGACGUUCUUGUACUUAAUCAAUGAGAAACUUGUAUUAAAUAAUAGUAUUAUUAGAUAUGAUCGGUGGACGACGAUGUAAGGUUGGGAACCAGCGCUGCUGUCCUUCCUGUGGCGAGUACAAAUUAAGAGAACUCACUCAACAAAAUGAAUGAGACUUUGUCCAAAUACCGAUGCAUCUUUUGCCCCUUGCUUGGGUCAUACUAACGCAUUUUAGCCCAGUCAAAAGAACGUAUCAGGGCCAAGUCUGCUCUAUGCUUGUGCUGUAAGAGUGCGUCAAUAUUUGGAUAAUCAGACUCGUUCAUUUUUUUGAGUGCUGAUCGUUUAUGAUGGUAGUCGCACUGCUGAACUGACGCUCUGUGUGCUUGUGCCUGUAUGCCUGCGCCUGUAUGCCUGCGCCUGUUUGUCUGCGCCUGUGUGUCUGCGCCUGUGUGUCUGCGCCUGUGUGUUUGCGCCUGUGUGUCUGCGCCUGUGUGCCUGGGUUUGCCUGUUAAAAGGUUAUUUAGGGAAAAAAAUUAUUUUCGAAAGGUUAUUUUAGAACGUAGGCUCAGGUUUUUUUCCGCGACUAUCGAAAGCGCCGUCACAUUCAGAAAAAGUGAGACAAUGUCUAAACAGCGAUGAACUUUUUGCAUUGGUGUAUGUCGUGCUGACCCUGCAAAAUUUCGUACCAGUGGCACGUCCUCCUUGUGCUCGUGUUACGGGUUUAAUUGAAAGUGUCACUAUAUGGACAAAUGCCCCAGUAAUGUUUCUUCGUAUGGUAAAGUUUAGGUGAACUGCCGUGAAGCUGAACACCAAAUGUAAUCGUUUCAUGCUUAAAAUUUCAUUUUUUGCUGUAAGUUUGAUUUACUUUGCCUUCAGCUAGAGCUUCAGAACAUUAGCUGCAUUAGUCCAACAAUUUAUUUUAGAUUUUUGCAAUGCAAUAUUUUUCAGGUUAAAACAUUUACUCGAUUUAAAUUACGAUUCACUCAAUUUAAUUAUAAAUACCAAAAAGUGAUAUAGUUCAGUUUCAACAACGUAUCUGCACUGCAGCAGAAGCAGUUCACCGCUUUUAUGACGAAAAACGAUUAUCAAGCAUUGAUGUUUUUGAUAAACUUGUAUUCAGAACUAGUUCUGCAUCUCACUCCAAUUUUUGUACUCAAAAUUUUUUGCAGUAAAAGAGUUCACGCUAACUUGAAAAUUCAUAAUGUUCGAGUUCAAUAUUUUUAUAAAUGUAUUCGAUGAAAUUAGGCUUAGUUUAUGGUAUGGUGAGCAUAAGCUAAGAUUGAAAAGCUUUAUAAGCUGAACAUGAAUGGCUAAGGAUUGCCGCAUAUUUAAAUGCUUCAGAAAUGACGUGAUCGUUUUAUGUUCAAGUCAUCCGAAACUUUAAUUCCAUUGUAAAAGCAAAAAUAUUAUUGCAUCUUCUCCAGGGUAUUUUAGAAGAUCACACUAGAGCAAAGUGAAUAGCUAUUUUGACAGAGUCUUGCUCAUUUCUCUGAGUGUAGCGUCUUGCGACGUCCGAACAAUUGUUGUGGUGGAGUUCACUCCAAAUUGACGAGAGUUUCUGUUCAGUUUUCUGGGAUUUUAAUUUUAUAAUUUGCUUUGAAGCGCUUCCUUUGUAACGUGUACGCUACUGCUGUUCAUCUGUGCACUCACGAAAAUGAGUAAGAUUUUGUCUAAAUAACUGUGCAUUUUUUCCUUUGUGUGCAUCAUCCUGACUCAGUUCUGCUCGGCAUUAUGCCGUAUUAGUGCUACGCGCAGAAGUCCACUAUUUGGAUAAUAUGACUUAUUUUUCUGGGUGUAACGUGUGCUUCACAAGCUACAGCAAAGAGCCGUGCGGUUAACGUAUAGCGGAGGUUACAACAAAAUUUUUUGUUCUUCAUAUCUUGCGUGAAGUUAUGAUCUGAAACUAAUUAGCAGAAGAGAUUAUGCUGACAUUUUCGAAAGGUUGUGGUAUAACAGUGCAUGCCUAAUGACAUUGAGGGUUUUAUAUUAAGAUUGAGGUCUAUUUUUGAAUUUUUAAUUUCGUUUAUUUGUACUCGGAGAAAAAAGUUUAGCUGACGGUCUUAUAAACGAACUCUAGUUUGCAGUCCACUGGUAAUUUGAUAAACUUUUCAUUUUUUUCUGUUUUACCGGUAAAUGGUUAAUAGUGAAAAGUCUUUCAAACUUCUGUUUUUGUACGUAUUUUAUUCUGCUUUAGAUUGAGAUAAAUUUGGCAACGCGUUGUUGCUUUUCCAAGUCUUAUUUGGCUGUCGGUUCUCGAUGGCACUAGCCUGUGGACAUAUAUUUUUCAUUGGAAACGGUGGACUUUAAAAUUUAAAUUAAAGUGUUCCCUCAGGUUUCGCUUCUUUCCUCACCUGUGUUUUAGUCCUGAUCAUAAUGUAUUCCAAUUCGAUUUAAUUUCUGUUUUCGUUAGCGCUUUGAGCUCGCCAAAAAACUUUCAAGCUAACGAAUUAGUUACGUUCUUUUUGAUACCGUUCGUAAAAAUUCAUGAAGUUUGGUGUUAAUGCUAUGCUUUAUUUUAUAUGUCUUUUUUUAACGUCUUAGUUUCCUUAUCCGCACGCAUUUCACAAUAUUAUUAUAACUUUUUUUUUUUUGACUCGCCAUUUAGGCUUUUUGGUCUAAGUGUUUGGGCUUUUGGUCUAAUUUUUGUUGAUAACGCUGAAGCUAUGAUGAAAUUCUUAGCAUUCAUACGUUUUCUCCGAAAUUUUAUUGUUCGUACAUUCAGUGGAUUGCAUCACUGAAUCAACCACGCAUUGCCUGCCUUUAUUUCAUCUUUUUUAUGUUAUCGACUUGUCGCCUUUUCACUAAUUUUACUGAAAACCAGAAGUGUGUUGCAUGGAUUAUAUUUUUUAUAUUUCUUUCAUUACAUCACGUAAAAAUAUCUCGAAGGAAUAACAUGUGAGUUUGUUCAUGAGGACGUGGAUGCCGUGAGUGUGUAUCAUCGUGUCUAUGUCAGAGCGCUCGACUACAAUGGUAGGUUAAGGUUUGUAAAAUAUAGCCCAUUCGACUGA